UAUAAUACUUAUAGAAACAAACUCGCAUUUUGUUUCGGACCGAAAACAAGUUAGCCGGAUUUCCAAAGCAUUAAUAAACAUUACUGUACUAUCGGAAUGCCAAGUCCUAAUAGACCAUUUCGGAGAUGAGCGUAUUCGCAUGCAUAAUACUUCUAUGCUCCCAGGUUAGGAAAAUUUGCGCAGCGAUACGCGUCUUUAUAUUUUUCAAUCAACGGCGUAGUGGAGAAGCACCGGAUGUGACUAGUAGCCAAUCAGAGCGUAAGGAUAAGAAGAAUAAAGAGUUUGAAUCAGGAAAGUUUGAAUACUUACAACGGUCGUUUCGCGUCGCCGAUAAUCACUUGUUUCUCUUAUUGUUGAUACAAUGCGCGUUGAUUUUUCGGCACAUUUUUUAUCGCUCAAAUAGCAGUGUGAUUGGUGUUUUUUACGAUUGAAUAAUUAGCCUCGUGCACUUGCAUGGUUAGCUUGUCCUUCUCAAGUCAUGAUGUAGAGGAGGUAAAAACAGAGACAUCGAUAGAGUGAGAGCGUGAUAUUGAGUGAGGUUAUGUUCGUUAUUCCAGAGACCUCGAGGUACGUAAAUAUAUUUGGCGGGAAAAGAGAGAGCAGUCGGUCAGAGUUCAGACAACAAGAUGGUGUUGAAGGAUGCUUUGAAGGAGCAUUUCGCUGUCUUCGGAGUCGUCGUUAACGACGAGGCGACUCUCAAUAAAUGUCUCGAUCUCUGCGAUUUGUACAAUUUAAACGAAGAAGCGCUGGUGGAAACAUGGAUGGCAUUCAGCGUGUCACAGUGCCGAGGCGACAACCCAACUGUGGAGUAUUUACUGCGGAUGGAAAGAAACGAGUUGAAGAAAGACACGGGCUCCGCUGGUAAUUCAAAGGCUGAUGCCAAACUGUCGAAACUCGCCGUGUAUAACUCUCACUCAAUGAAACAGUACAAUGAUGACGAAGAUAUUCUGGAGCUGUACGGUGCGAAAACCCCAACGACGCCAAGAGUAAAACGAUUGCGCAGCCCCGAGGGGGAGCAGGGUAACUCCGAGGUCAAGGUCCGGGCGGUGGACAGUCCGUUUACGCCGUCGAGUUUCUCCCCAAAAGUAACGACGCCAAGCAGACAUGCCUCGACACCAUCAGCCAAUCGAGGGAAGAUAUUGUUGAAAUUUGGCUCGGAUCCUGAGAGCUGGAAGACCGACGAGAACAGCAGACGCAAAGUAAAGGUGAAGAGGAGCGAGGACCAGCCACACGUGCCUUCGAAAGCCUUGUACAUGUACGAAAAGCUCCUCAGUAAAGCUGAGGCUUUGGACAUUGUCGGCGAGGAACUCGGAUCCGCGAUGUGCAAGACCGUCAACAACAUUGAUAAAGUUGAAAUCGAACCGGUUGGCGUUUACUCGAGGAGUCAGUAUCAGAUACAGAGCUACGGUAGAAUUUGCUGCGACUCCGAGGGGAAGUUGAACACCGCUUCGAUCAUGCUUGAGGGAACCAAGCACCUGUCUUCCGGGGUCAGGGUCAAAUUGGAUCUUGGAAAGCUGGAUCAGUACUCCGUAUUUCCGGGGCAAAUCGUUUCUGUAAAGGGUGUGAAUCCAACUGGACAUACACUCGUUGUAAAGAACUUAUUUUUCGAAUCGCCUGCGCCACCUUCAGCGUCCCCAAAACUGGCUGGCAGUGAUCUUCGGAUAGUCGUUGCCGCAGGCCCGUUCACUCAGUCGGAUAAUCUCGCCUAUGAACCUCUCCUAGAACUGAUUGAUUAUGUCAGUGAAAAUCAACCCCAUGUUCUCAUACUAGUCGGACCCUUCAUCGAGUUCAGUCACACGGAGAUACAAAAAUGCGAGAUGGCGCUAACUUUCGAUGACUUUUUCGAACAGUGCGUUGGAAAUAUCAUGCGCAAACUGAAAGACACGUGUACUCAGGUGAUCUUGGUGUCGUCUAACCGCGAUGUUCACCACGAGCCGAUCUUCCCUACACCGGAAUUCAGGCUCAAGCAUACAUAUCCGAAUCUGCAUUUGAUGCCAGACCCUUGCAUGAUCGAUAUUGAGGGUGUAAUAAUCGGAAGCACUUCGGUCGACUCUCUGAUGCAUUUGGGACGCGAGGAAAUAAGCUUCAACUCCACGAGGUUCGACAGACUGACGCGUCUGGCGACUCAUCUUCUGGCCCAGAAGUGCUUUUAUCCGUUGGUGCCGCCUUCCGAAGAGGUCAACGUUGACACGGACCUGUGGGAGAAAUACGCGUUCAUGCAUCAACAGCCCCACAUUUUGAUUCUACCGUCCAGCUUGCGAUACUUUUGCAACAAAAUAUACGACUGCGUCGCCAUGAACCCCGAAAGAUUGGUCAAAGGCUCUUUUGCAAGGCUUAGGGUGACCGUCCCUCCGAAAGAUACCGACUCCUGGAAACCCAGUGAAAACGUGGCUGUACAUAUCCUCAAAAUUUAAGAUAGUAGCGUUAGUACGUACUUGUUUAUUUCUUAUUUUUAUUACUAUUAUUAAACAGCGUCUACUUCCAGCGUUCCUUAA